AUGGACGGGGUCAAUGCUACAGGUGGGGAUGGCAGCUACGGGGAGGAAUCGAACGGGAAAUAUGGGGCUUUUGAUGUGGUGCUCACUGUGAGGUCGUGCGGACGGCUCGUGGACGUCGGGGUGGACGAACGGCAGCGGAUUGACAAAGAACGCCGACGGGUAGAGGUUGAAGAAGGCGGUCGAUCCCGGGCAUGGAGGCGUCCUUGCUUGACCUGGGCCUUAGAGAUGACGUGGUCGACGACGGGGAAGCGGACGAGCAAGUUCCUAGGGCGCGGGGAGCUCGGUGUGCGUAAGGACGAUGAGAACCAUGGCGGCGGUGGCUCUAUUGCGCACGGGAGGGAGGAGGGCAAGUGA